AUAUACUUUAUAUUUCUUAAUGGAAAUGCUGAGUUGACAGGAAUGCUUAAUUGAGAUAUGACGUGUCUCAAAGAUUCAAUACAAUAAGUUGGUAUAAGCAUUUGUUGCAGUUGCAAAAUAGAAUCGUCAAUAUUAUUCGUUGUGUUUUGGCUCCUUUCGCUUGUACCCUGAAUAGAACGCGCAAUAUUAGAAACUCUUCUAGAAAUCCUCCAUCAGGGCUAUCCCUGGUGUCGGAAGAAGAAUAAGCAUUGCUGCUUAAUUUUCCUGCUAACAACUAAAGAUACCAUUGGUAUAACACUCCUGAGAUUACUGUUUGAGGCAUUUGCACUGGAUUCCAAAAGGUUGUGUAGUAUCUGUAAUAAGUUUGAAUUUACUGAACAUCAAUAAAUGUUUAACAUAAAUAUUAAAAAAUAAAAGAUUUCAAAUACCGAGACUAUUGCUGGUCUUUGGAGAAACACUUCAGCUGGAAAAUCUUGCAUCAUUACAUUUGUAAUAAACUGGCAAAUCUCGAACCUAAAAUCUUGCAUCAUCGGUAACGUCGAGCGCAACACCGAAAACGUCUCUAUACGUAUUUCAAGUCUGUGAUCAGUUUUUGUCAUUUACUUGAGCGAACAAUGUGGCGGGCUGAACCGUUUAAUAUUUUUGGACAUAUUGCUGCUAGUUGACGGUAAAUGUUAUGCGUUCGAUAUAAGUACGGAUUAAACAAUGGUGAGACAUAAUAAUCAGUUACCAGAGAAUCUUCCACAACUGCAGAAUCUUAUUAAACGCGAUCCAGAAUCUUAUAAAGAAGAAUUUCUCCAACAACAUCAAUAUUAUAAGUCUACUUUGGAAGUAUUUCGUCUAACACCUAACAAAUUUAAUAAGAGUCUGGAUGAAAUAGUCAUCUUUCUGGCACAGGUGGCUCACUGUUACCCAAAUGAUCUAGAAUUGUUUCCUCAAGAAAUCAUCGAUGUACUGCAAACAUACAAUACAGUACUUGACAAUGAAAUGCGAUUAACGUUUUGCAAAGCCCUAAUUCAACUCCGCAAUAAAUCACUUUUGGAACCAACGGUACUUCUUAGUCUAUUCUUUCAGCUGUUGAGAUGCCAAGAUAAAAACUUGAGACAAUUUCUUGAAACACACAUCAUAGUCGACAUUAAAAAUGUCAAUGCUAAACAAAAAAAUGCGAAGAUCAACACAACUUUGCAAAAUUUUAUGUUUUCAAUGUUGAAAGAUUCAAACGUUAGAGCUGCGAAAAUGUCUGCAGACAUUAUGAUAGAAUUGUACAACAAAAACGUUUGGAACGAUGCAAAAACCGUAAAUGUCUUAGCAACAGGAUGUUUUGCAAAAACGACAAAAGUUAUGGUCGCUUGUUUAAAAUUUUUUGUAGGAUCCGACGUGGAAAAAGAUGGAAGUGACAGUGAUAGCGAUAGCGAACCAAAUAUUAAAGAAAUUGUAAUGGCUAACAGAGUAAAUAAGAAAACGAAGAAACGCGAGAAACAAUUAACUAAGGCAAAACAGUUGUUAGCGAAAUCUAAGAAAAAAGCAUCAAAAGCACCAACAUAUAACUUUUCGGCGUUGCAUUUAAUUCACGAUCCACAAGGCUUCGCAGAGAAGUUAUUUAAACAGUUAGAAAAAAAUAAUGAUAGGUUUGAAAUUAAGCUGUUAACUUUGGAUGUAAUCUCGAGACUUAUUGGCCUACACAAUUUAUUCCUACUGAACUUUUAUCCUUAUCUCCAGAGGUUUCUGCAACCACAUCAGAGAGAGGUAACAAAACUUUUACAAUUCAUCGCUCAGUCUUGUCAUGAACUCGUGCCACCUGAUUUAUUAGAACCCAUAUUGAAAACUUUAGCAAAUAAUUUUAUUACGGAAAGGAAUUCUGCCGACGUUAUGGCUAUUGGUUUGAAUGCUGUCCGAGAAGUAUGUAUACGUUGUCCUCUGAGUAUGAAUGCAGAUUUGUUGCAAGAUUUAGCACAAUAUAAACACUACAAAGAACGUAGUGUGAUGAUGGCUGCACGAUCGUUGAUCGGUGUAUUCAGGACUACAAUGCCAGAGUUGUUACAUAAGAAAGACAGAGGACGACCAACAGAAGCAACUGUGGCCUUGGAAGUUCCAAAAUAUGGAUCUGUUUCUGCUAAUGAUUUUGUACCAGGAGCUGAAGUUUUGUUGAACGCUAAUUCUGAUCAAGCUCAAGAUAGUUUUGUAAUAGACAGUGAAACUGACUCUAGUAACGACGGUUGGAUCGACGUAAACCACAGUAACAAUGAUCACUAUGAAAGUGAUAAAAACGACGACGAUAAUAGCGAUGGCGAUGGCGAUGGCGAUGGCGAUGGCGAUGGCGAUGAUGAUGAAGAUGAAGAUGAAGAUGAAGAUGACGAUGAUGACGACGACGGCGGCGACGAUGAUGAAGCAUCAGCUAUUACCGAUUCCAAAUCUAAUGCAGAAGGCGAUAGUGGGAAUUGUGAAGGAACAAAUGAAAAGAUCGAAACAGACAUUGGAAGGAAUGAAGAUAUGAUUAUUCAGGGUACUGGAAAUCAACAAACAAAAGGAACGAAUGGUCCAACAAAAAAAUUGAAGAAAACAAAAGUAAAAUCGAAAGGAACAGAAGAUUCAAGGCCAAAGCAGGAAAACAUAACGACAACUGAAAAGAAGGAAAAAGCGUCUUUAAUGUCUACCGAACGUUUAUUAACCGAUGAGGAUUUUAUGAAAAUAGAUAUGGCAAGAGCAAAGCAACAAGUAACGUACGCUAAACGCGGCGUAAAACGAUCUCAUACAAAUGAUACUGAACCCGGUGAUUUCGUCAAAUUGUCAGACAUCGAAAAUAUAUAUAAGAAACGGAAACAUGACAAACAAGCUCGUAUUGAAUCUGUAAAGAAAGGGCAAGAGGAAAGAGAAAAAUUUGGCUACAAAGAUGGAAGACAGAAUCCAUUUUGUAGUAAAACAAAUCGUGAAAAGAAAAAAACCAAAGCGUUUCAAAUGUUGAAACACAAAGUUAAAGGAAAAGUAAAACGGUCCUUUAAAGAAAAGCAAAUUGCUUUAAGAAAUCAUUUAUUGAAACAGAAGAGGAUGAAAUGAAGAAUGAAACGUGGUUGUAAAAAUUAUAUGAAUGAAAAAAAAAUUGGAUACAAU